UGACCCGUUUGGAAUUAGGUUGAGUAAAGAGGAUGUUAUUUACUAUAUAAGCAUUUAAUGUUUAAUGGUUUUUGUUUCCAAUUUCAGCUGCUUAAUCUCAGUGAACGCAGGCAUGACAUCACCAAGCAGAACCCCAGGGUGCUGGAUUUUGGUUGGCCUGAUCAUCAUGCUCCUGCUCUAGACAAAAUUUGCAGUAUCUGUAAAGCCAUGGACACCUGGCUUAAUGCAGACCCUCACAAUGUAGUGGUGCUGCACAACAAGGGAAACUGGGGGAGAACCGGCGUGGUGAUUGGUGCCUAUAUGCACUACAGUAACAUAUCUGCCAGUGCUGACCAGGCAUUGGACAGGUUUGCCAUGAAGCGUUUUUAUGAAGAUAAAGCCAUGCCCGUGGGCCAGCCUUCCCAGAGAAGGUAUGUGCAUUACUUUGCUGGUCUUCUUUCUGGCCACAUAAAAAUCAACAACAAGCCCCUGUUCCUUCACCAUGUCAUCAUGCAUGGCAUCCCUAAUUUUGAGUCUAAAGGAGGUUGCCGACCCUUCCUCAAAAUCUAUCAAGCAAUGCAGCCUGUGUACACAUCUGGAAUUUAGUAAGUAAACUGCUUGUGUGUAUGCUGAGUUAUGUUAAUAUGCAACGUGUGGUUGUGAUCUCAUGUUGUGUGUAAAGUCUGGUUGUUGCACAUUUUCAUUGACAUAAACACUGACAUGUACAUCUAACAUCAAUGACAGCAUCUAAAACAUCAUAUAUAUUUGAUAUAUGAACAACUUUAGAGACAAAAAUGUUCUUAUCCAUUCUAAAUGUUCUAAAUUAAUUCAUGUUCAUAGAAUAUUGAA